AUGAGGCCUAUUAGUUUAAGUAACUUCACUAGUAAAGUGUUUUUCAGAAUUAUCCAUGAAAAACUGGUGAAGUUACUGCCAACUAUUAUAUCUCCACAACAAUCUGGCUUUAAUCAGGGAACACCGACUAAUACUGUUAUCAAGCUUGAUAUGGCAAAGGCUUGUGAUAGAGUUUCUUGGUUCUUCUUGACUAAAGUGUUAAGGAAGAUGGAAUUUGGAGAGAUGUUGAUAGACAUAGUGUUCAGGAUAAUUUCCAAUAACUGGUACUCUGUACUAGUUAAUGGGCAACCACAGGGUUUCUUCAAAUCUACAAGGGGAGUGAAACAGGGUGAUCCUUUAUCACCAACACUGUUUAUUUUAGCUGUUGAAUGUUUAUCUAGAGCUUUGAACUCAUUACACAAAAAAGACAAUUUUAAGGAGUAUGGAAUGCCCAAAUAG